AUCUACAAGAGUGAAGCAGAUAUCGUCACGAUAUCAGUCAAUGCAAUCAACAAUUAAGGAUAUUUUAAAUAAUUGUAAAGAUUCAAUUAUUGUUCAUCAGAAUUACAUUGAUAAAUACAAUGAAUGUUUUAUUCAACUAUCAAAUACUAAGGAGCAAUUUGCUAUGGCUUGUCAGCCUAUAUCAUUAUCACAAAAUAUACAGCAGUAUUUAGUGAAAAAAUAUGGAGCAUUAAAUGAUCUCUUAAAUUCUAAAUCAAAUAUUACUUUUUUGUUAAAUAGCUGCGUAGAACUUAGUGAUAAAUUAUAUUUAAACACAUGUCCAUCUGGAAAAGAAGCAAUUAAAUCCCAAUUAGAUAAGCUUCAAAAUUCAAUUGACACUUUAUUCGAUGAUAUAAUGAGUCUAAACAGAGAAGUAAAAAAUGAAUUAAAUAAAUGGAGUGAGUUUGAAGAAAUGAAUAGUGAAUUAAAGCAGUGGUUUAGUGAAAUUAAGAGAAUUAUUAACAAAAAUAUGGAACUAAAAUCUACGUUAGAUGAGAAAAAAAUGCAACUCCAAAUCUACAGAGAUAUACUGCAAACUACAUUAAAACGAGAAACUGAUGUUAAGAAACUUGUAAAUAAUAUAAAACAAUUACAAAUACAUGACAAUAGUGAUACUUUCCUAGAUUCUAUUAGUAAUCAAUAUGAUGAAAUACUUAAUAAAAUUCAGGAAUUUGUUAAUAAGUAUGAAGCUAUAGUAAAAGAUCACGAACAAUAUACAACUUCGGUAAUGGAAAUGCAAGAAUGGCUUGAUGCAACUCAUAAUACAUUAUUAUUGUGGAGUGAUACCAACUUAGAAAAAAUUUCACUUUUGGGCAAUCUUGAUCGUAUAAAAAAUUUAUUAGUAAGUUUAACUGGAGAAGAAAAUAAAAUUCAUGCUAUAAAGAAAUUGGCAGAAAAAGUUAUUCCUGGUACAAGCGAACAGGGUCAGGUAAAUAUAAGAUCACAAAUUGAUUCAUCACAACAAGACUGGGAAGGUCUUAUAUCAUACGUAAAAACUUCAAUUGAAGCUUUAGAAGAAAAAUUAAAUAAUUGGAACGAGUUUGAUACUUUAAAAGAUUUGUUUUUAACAUGGUUGCGUGAUGCAGAUUAUAAAAUUCAUGCUAUCGAUUUAAAAACAUCAUUACAAGAAAAAAAAAAUCAACUUGAUGAACUCAAAGAUCUUCAGGGAAUUCUUCGUACAAAAGAAUUUGAAAUUGAUGCUAUUACAGAAAAAUCUCAAAACUUAUAUACUUUAUGUAUGUCGAAUAAAAACUCGCAAAUUAGUGAAAUAGUACAGAAAUACCAUAAUCUUUCAAUGAAAAUCAAAGAAUUGAUUGAAAAAUGGCAGCAAUACGUUGAUAUUCAUUUAGAGUUUGAGAGUAAUUUAAAUGAAGCCAUUAUAUGGCUUGAAAAUACUGAUGAUAAACUUACUACCUGUGGUGAUUUCAAAUCUACAAAUAAAUCCGAUUUAGAAGAAAAAUUGAUAAAUAUUCAAGAAGUGUUGUUGUACAAAGAAAACGGUUUUAACAUGAUUCAAAAUUGUACUAAAAAAGGACAAAUAGUAUUAGCAAGCACCACACCUGAUGGUCAUAAAGCAAUCAAUGACUCACUUAUAUCUUUGCAAGAACAUUGGAGUGCAUUAGCUUCUAAAAUGUUAGAAACUAAGGCUAACAUUGAUGAAUCUAUUAAAAAAUGGUCAGACUUUUCGGAAAAUGUCAAACAAGUUGGAAAAACUAUUGACAAAUUUGAAGAAACUUUAUCUGAAUUAACAAAAUUUGAAACAUCGUUAUCUGAGAAACGAAGUCAAUUAGAAAAAAUAAAAAAUUUAGACGAAAAAAUAAAAAGUGAAAGUAUCGAAAUGGAGCUACUAAAAUCAAAAGCCGAAGAAAUACUUAAAAAUGGUUAUCAGAGUAGUACGAUAUUUGACACUCGAGAAUUAUUCAAAAAGUUUGAUAAUAUUUCAGACAAAAUAAAAACUUUACUAUCUGAGCGAGAGCAACAAUUUAAAGAUCAUAAAUCUUACAAAGAGGCUUUUGAUGAACUAUCAAAUUUUUUAAAUAGAUCUAAAGAAAAAAUACCUAUUUUAAAUGAACGUCCUUUAAAUGAUAAAUUAGCAAUCGAGCAAAGUAUUACUCCUCUCGAUUCACUUCUAAAUAAAAAAGCUCAAGGUGAAUUAUUACUGGAUAAUUUGGUCACGAUUGGCAAUGUUAUUAAGACUAACACAUCUGAUAGUGGAAACGUUAUUAUUAGUGAAGAGAUAUCUAUGAUAUCGGAUGAACUAACGCGGUUCUUUGACGAUGUAACAGCUCAAAAAGAAACAUUGCAAGCUAUACACUCACAUUGGAGAGAAUAUAAAGAUGAAUAUGAAAAACUAUCUGACUGGUUGCAACAAAAUGAUAUAACUAUGAAGUCAUUAAAAAAUACAUUACUUGCGACGCUGGAUGAAAAAAAAAAUCAAGUGAAACAAAUUGAGGAUGUACUUGAUGAUUUAAAAAAUGGAAAAUCAAAUAUUAAUAAAUUUAAUAAUGAUUCUACACUGUUAUUGACAUCACAUUUGGGUCCUUACAUUAGCAAUCAACUGAGGCAACUUAAUUCUCGUUAUGAAAUCCAAGUAAAUUUAGCCAAUGAUGUUAAAAAAAAAAUUGAAAGUAAUUUAGAGCAUCACAUGAAGUAUGAAGAAUUAUUAGAAAAAGCAAAAAGUUGGAUAAAUAACGCUAAAGAAGGCAUUCGGCAUAGAAAUGAGUCUGUCAACAACUUGAGUAAAGAAAUUUUACAAGCGCGUUUAAAUAAAAUUUUGGAGAUUUUAAAAACACAAGAAGAAGGUCAGUUAAUUAUUCAUUCGACUAUUAACUGCGGUGAAAAAGCUCUUAGAAGCACUCGAUCAGAUGGAAAAGAUAUAAUAAACAAUCAAUUGAAAGAAAUUCAAUCAGACUGGGAACGGCUCAUUAAAAAGAUUUCAAAUUCCAAAGUUCACAUUGAAACAAGUUUAUUGCAGUGGGCUGAUUAUAACUCAUCAUACUCACACUUGCAACAGUGGAUAUCAGAUCGGGAGGCUAAACUCGAGAAUGUAUGUGAACAUAAGGUUUUAAAUGUAAAAAAAAGUCAAGUGGGCGUUGGAACGUUAAGCAUAGGAGAACGAAAGGCAGCAUUAAGAAAAACGAACAGUAUAAUGCAAGAUAUAGUAUCAUUCGAACCCAUGAUACAUAAAGUUACUCUAAAGGCAGAAGAUUUGCAGCAAGCUGUGCCAGCUAAUGAAAUAACUAACAAAUAUCAAACAUUAAGUAUUAAAGCUAAAGACUUGUAUGAGAAACAAAAAGAAGCUGUAAGAUUACACCAAGAUUUUAUUGACGCUGGUAAUGAUUUCGCUACUUGGUUGAGAAACGCUAAAGAAAAAGCUAGAAAAAUAUCUGAUCCUACAGGAGACAAAGAAACCUUAAACAAAAAAUCUGUUCAAUUAAAAGUAUUAAUUAGUGAAUUGACAGAAGGACAGACAAAAUUAGAAAUAGCACUUGAAAAAGCAGAAAAAGCUUGCUUAAAUGCUGAUGGUGAUGAAAAAGAAAUAAUUGAACAAGAAGUAGCUAUGCUACAAGAAGAAUAUGACGUAUACACAGAAUCAUUACAAAACACGAAAUCAUUAUUAGAAGAUGGCAUAUGCAAGUUAAAUGAAUUCGAUGAUUAUUCAAAUACUGCUAUAGAAUGGUUAAAUAAAACAGAAAAAUUAGUACAAUCGUAUAAUAAAUUACAACCUAGUCUCGAGAAGAAAAAACAGGCUUUAGAAGAAUUUCAGAAUCAUCUUCAAACAUUAUUUGAUUGGCAAAGUGAAUUGGAUAAUUUGAAUGGAAAAGCACAAAUUCUCUUAGGGACUUGUUCAGAUACUCGACUUUCUAACUCAAUUACUCAAAUGACCACUAAAUAUGAUACAUUGAUUUCACUCGCUAAAGAAGUUAUGCGUCAACUUGAACAGCACUAUCAAGAACAUCAACAACAAAACUCUUUAUAUCAAGAAAGCCUUGAUUGGAUUGAAAGAAUACGAGAUAAAGUAUGGAACUAUUGGAUAUAUAGUUACUGUUGGACUUUAUUUCUUUGUAAAGUCCGUUUAUUCGUAAGAUGGUUUCGACCCAUCCUUUUUUUAUUUUUUCAAUAGGAUUUGUACUAAUUAAUUAAAAUUCUGUUUUACUUCA